AUGACCUGGCUAUGGGAUGCUUUCACAACAGUAGAUAAAUCUGACAUAGUCAAAAAGGCAUUUGAAAUGUGCCGCGUUCGCACAUUUAAUUUAUUGUAUGAGAGUCUGACAAGUUACGCUGUGCGAGAGAAGUUGAGGAACCUCAAAGUUGAUGAUCCACAGUUUUGGGAUGAACUCACGAGUCAUACACCCCAAGAGACAAAGGACAGCACCCCAACUGAAAACGAGAAUGAUACUGAAAUCUUAGGUGAGGCUGCGGAGACCGACAGUACCGACCCAUCCAAUGACACUGACGUGCCAUGUGUGUCUGUCAUUGCUGAUAUGCUGGGCAAUGUUUCGAGUGUUCAAGGAGUCGAAAAAUUGAAUGAGAGACUGAUAUCGAGGGCUGAUGCGGAGAGCAUGGAGUUUGUGGUGGAUAUUGGGGCUGUCAAGGACACUGAUUACAAGCCAGAUACCCAAGUGGUGUUAGGGCGAGGGAAAAGGAAGAAAAAGGAAAAUACCUUGUACUCACACCUAUUUUGGUGCCACCACAACAAAGGAGAGUAA